GUUUCAUAUUUUUGCUUUGGAUUUCCGAACCAGUAUUUCGAUCAUUGACUUUACCGAGUAUGAUGAACAAAGGAAUUGUUAAAUUAACUAAAUCGGAGACGUGCAAAGCACUUAUCUUUUGAAAUGUAUUUUUGCAAGAAAAAGACGUAGAUUACAAAAAAAAGAAAGAUGUAUGUAUGACUUAGAGGUACACAAGUAUCCUGCUGCUAGUUUGUGGUGACUAUAGCAAAAGCAACCAGUGGAUAACUGAUAUCUGAAACAGUCAACUCUAAUGGAUACUUAUGAGGAAGACAUUCAUCCUCAUUGUUUACAAUGCAUAAAACUAUUAAAGUGUACAGUAGUCCCAAAACCUGGAGAAAGUUGUAAAAUAAUCAACUGUCCAUCAGAAUGCGGUGCCAAGUUUCAUGCUUGCAAAAUCAAUGAGCAUAGACUCUUAUGUAUGAAAGAAAAGGUACCAUGUAUCAAUGCAGAAUAUGGAUGUCCAGCAAUUAUGUUUAGAAAGUACCGAAGCAAACAUCUGACGUCAUGCCCAGCAAGUAUCAUACAUUGCUCAGAAGAAUGGGAUCGGUGGCCUAUACAUCUACAUGAUAAAAAGGCAGCUUGUUUGUCAAGUCAGAUGGAUCCUGCUGUGAGAAAUCAUUUAGACGUAUCUUUAGCACUUCGUGACCAGCGAAUGUUGAGGAGAUGGUGUGUUGCUGCUGCACAAGGCCAAUCAUUAUCCAAUCAGAAAUUCACCAUUAGUGCUUCAAGUUCUCUAUGGGUUUAUAGAAAAUGGCACAACUCUAGAGAAUUCAGCUAUCCUCCUGGUUUAGAAGAAAGUGUGUGCAAGGAAUUGUGUAAAACGUGUAAAGGAACAUCCAACAACACGUCAAAUUCUUUGUCACACUGCUUAACAAAUGGUUGCCAUCCGAAGAGAUUGCGUGAUUCGGAAUUCAUUGAUUCUUGUGAAACUUCAAAUAAAGAAAAUGCAGGAGAUUGUAAUAAUAAGAUAACAGAAUCAAAGGAUACCAAGCACAAGAUCGAGAACAAUAAUAAAAUGUCAAAUUAUGAAAAGUCCAACCAGGAACUGCAUUCAUCUGGUGAAUUACCUUUUUAUAAUCUAGAUGAUGUGCUUCAACUUAGUCAGUUUGGUACCAUUGUCUACCACCAAUCUUCUGCAGAAGGCUCUAUUUAUGUUGCUGUAGAUCCUGCUGAACCCUACCCGUAUUUAUGCAAUGGCCAUCAAAAUGUUGCUUGUCAAAUUUUAGAUUUAAAAUUUAGAAAUCCUGCAUCCUCUCCACCUUGGUGCCUCUCUUUAGGAUUGGAUUUGAAUCUGGGGGCCAGAUCACAACAUCCUUCUUCAAAUUUUAUGUAUACUUUUUUAUGUUGUCAAGAAUUUAGACGAGAUGAAUAUGGUUGGCAUUUUAAAAAUGUACAUUCUGAAAUCCAUGGUGGACUAAAUGGAUGGUUGAUGGAGAGGUGUCCUCUUGCUCAGUAUGGCUGUAAAUUUGCCAGAACGAGAUUCAAUCCUGUUCCAAAAAAUUCUCACAUCAUCUACAAUGAAACUCUGGAGAGCUUUGGAGUAGCUUAUUCUGUUCAUGAUGAGCUUACCUCCAAUAAAACAAACAGCUCAAAUUUUACCCACCAGCUCAAUUUACAGGAUUUACCUUUUGAUGUUUUACAACACGUAGUUCGAUAUCUAGACAGUUUUAGUCUUGCUAGUUUGUCCUUAACAUCAACUCUAUUGCGAAAUGUAUGUGCAACAGUUCUCAAGGACCGGGGUCUAGUUCGUCUGAAGUGGGAACGACAAAAGACCAAAGAUAAUAAAUUCACAUGGAAAGUUUCUAAACAAAAGAGAUGGUUCUUUAGCUCUCAUUUCUCACCUAUUCAUACAUGGAAAAUGGAUGACCAGAACAACAUGGCAAAUCACUUGAAAGUCUGCCCCUACUUUAACCGAAUUUCUCAGAAGAAGGCGUUCAUAUAUGGGGUCCCUCCAGGUGUUGAUCCUCCACAUGACAAACGCUUCAGCGAUCCUUCAAAAGAAAUUUAUGAACAUAACAUGACUAAACUGUGAUAGUUGCUUUUUUUUUUUGGUAAAGGUUUUUUUUUAUAUAGUUUAUUGAAAAGUAUGCCACUCUUAAUGAAUUUUCAUGAGAAGGCAGCUGGUUUCUGCAUUAGAGAUUGUAGAAAUAAUUAUGUGGCUCAAAAUGUUUGUAGGUUUAUUUAUUUAUUUAUUUUUUAAUUAACUAACUACUAGCAAUUAAUAAAAAAACAAGAUUUUAAUCCUGUAAAGAAAAUAAGUACAAAUUAAAUGCUGAAAUACAGCAACAGAAUAUUUUUUUUACUCAAAAAUUUUAAAUGUAGCUCAAGCUCUUUUUUUUUUUUCCCAUUCUUAUUUUUUUUUAAAAAAUUAGUAAUACUUAUUUUUCUUCAAUUGUAAUUUAUUUAAUAGAUGCUUGGAUUAAUUUAUUUAGUAGCUUGUACAGUGUUUACCUUGCAGUUACAAGUACUGCAUUAGAGUGAUAAUAAAGCAUUUAUAUAAAACUAA